CACGUGCGGUUCUCUCCCGACAGUGUUAGUUUAAACGCUGAUUGGCUGAACCUUUCAGCUACGGCGUGACCUGAUCUCCGAUUGGCCUUUCAUCACUGUCAAUCAUUGUUGUCGCCGCCCUUUGAUAAUGCAGCAUGGGCGAAAAUACCAGACCCAAGAGCUACAGCUGAGGAAGCGGAUCCCUCUACUGUAAACGUUUUUGGGCAAUUGAAGGAAAGUGAUGUUCCAACAAUGCCGAUAGUGGAUAAACUCAAGGAGGCAUUAAAACCUGGUCGGAAGGAGACGGGUGAUGAGGGUGACCUCAACAAACUGUUGGCCUCUUCUGCCAAGAAGGUCCUCUUGCAGAAGAUAGAGUUUGAGCCUGCCAGCAAGGGUUUCUCCUAUCAACUGGACAGCCUGAAGAACAAGUAUGUGAUACUCAAUCCACGGAAUGAGGGCGCUACGGGCCAGAAGGCCACAGAGCCUGCCCAAAUAAAGAGGCAAGUCUCAGAGAAUGUAGUUGGGGGCCAGAGCGAUGGGAUCCCUUCCCCACAGAAGAUGCUCUUUCCAGGGAACAAGCUUACCCUUAAAUGGGAGCGUGUGUACAGGGUGGGAGCCGGUCUCCACAACCUAGGGAACACCUGCUUCCUCAACUCCACAGUGCAGUGUCUCACCUACACCCCGCCACUUGCCAACUACUUACUCUCAAAGGAGCACAGCCGUGCCUGUCACCAGUCAGGCUUUUGUAUGAUCUGUAUAAUGCAGAACCAUAUCAUCCAAGCCUUUGCCAACACAGGCAAUGCCAUCAAGCCUGUCUCCUUCAUCAGAGAUCUGAAAAAAAUUGCCAGGCAUUUUCGCUUUGGAAGCCAAGAGGACGCCCAUGAGUUUUUGCGGUACACCAUCGAUGCCAUGCAGAAAGCUUGUCUCAAUGGCUACCCUAAGCUUGACAGGCAGACCCAGGCCACAACACUGGUUCACCAGAUCUUUGGAGGUUACCUCAGGUCAAGAGUGAAAUGCUCUAUUUGUAAAAGUGUGUCAGACACAUAUGACCCUUACCUUGACAUCGCUGUGGAGAUUCGGCAAGCAGGAAACAUUGUGCGAGCCCUGGAACUGUUUGUUAAACCAGAUGUACUAAGUGGAGAGAAUGCCUACAUGUGUGCCAAGUGCAAAAAGAAAGUGCCAGCAACCAAGCGCUUCACAGUCCAUCGAACAUCUAAUGUACUGACCCUUUCACUGAAGAGGUUCGCCAACUUUAGCGGAGGAAAAAUAACCAAGGAUGUUGGUUACCCAGAAUUUCUGAACAUCCGCCCCUACAUGUCUCAGAGCUCAGGUGAUCCUGUUAUGUAUGGCCUCUAUGCUGUUCUGGUGCACUCUGGCUACAGUUGUCAUGCUGGCCACUACUACUGCUAUGUCAAGGCAAGCAAUGGACAAUGGUACCAAAUGAAUGAUUCAAUGGUGCACUCUAGUAACAUCAAAGUAGUCUUGAACCAGCAGGCUUACGUGCUUUUCUACCUGAGGAUCCCUGAAACCAAGAGGAAUGCGGAUGGACAGGCCACCAAGCAGGGGAUGUUGCAUCCUGGGAAGAACAGUGUGUCUUCUGAACAGAUAAAGAGGGCCAACCUGAACGGGCCUCUCUCCUCCCCGCAGGUCACAAAGAAACUUGAGCCUGCACAACUGCGUAAGAUCCAGUCCAUGGAUGGUGGUUUGGGCCUGCCCAUUUCCAGAAACGGUGUGAGCUCUCAGCCACAGCCCAGACUUUCCAACUGGACGUCAUACUCCAAUGGUCCGCCAAAGCUGCCAGGUGGACCCACAGUUAUCGAGGAGCCUUUCAAGAAGCUGAAGAAGCCGUCUCCCCAGAGCCAAGUGCAGUACCGCAGCUGCACUCCGACCCCUUCCAACAACGGGUUUAGCAGGACUGAGGGAGAUAAAAAGCAAGGUGGCGAGGGCAGAGGCAUGUCAGCGUCUACCUCAUUUAAGUCUUUGUCCGACUCUUCCUCUGCCGACACCACUGACUCGAAGGACUCUGUGGGUACCAAAAGUGCUCCAGUAGGAGAGACUCCCUCCACCCCACGGAAAGGCUCUAAUGGCCUGGCGUCUCCAGCCAAGAGCGUGGAGCGCUCUCAGAGCACAGAGGAGCAGAAGACAGCGAAAAUUAAACCCCCGGCCCUCAACAACAUCACUUCUGAAGCCACCAGCACCAGCACCAUGUCACCUCCACCUGCCAAGAAACUGGCCCUGUCAGCCAAGAAGGCUCGCAGCCGGAGACCGAGCAGCAUUGAUGCUCUGCCCUCUUUGCCACGCCAGUUGUCCAGUGACCCCACGCAUAACAAUCAACUUAACCCCCUCACCUUUGCCACACCUACUCACUCACUCAGAACUGUUCCAUUCCAUUCACCCAAAGUCCAGUCAUCGCCUUUUGCCCACUCAAGUGAAUCCUUCAAACAGCAGAGCCCUCAGAAACAGUCCCUUCUCUCCACACUGCAAAAACCAAACGCCAGCCUUUCUCCUAAAACCAACGGGCUCCACAGUGCCGGCCCAAAGAGCCCCAAGUCUUCCAGCAACCUCAGCUCAGUGGUCCAAGAACCAGACCUCAACAGCACUCCAGGUCAUGAGGUCAACCAAAAGAGGAAGAAGAAAAAGAAGCGGCGGCAUUCUGAGGUAGAGGGCGACGCAGAGCCGAUGACGUCCGCAGCUACAGUGACACCGGCCAACCCUGUGGAAUCAGCCAGCGACAAGAAGCGGAAGAAGAAAAAGAAAAAGCGAAAGAAGGAGCAUGAAGAUGGAGAGAAAGUAUCGGAGAGGGAAUGUGUCCCGUCACACCUGGAUACAUCACCCCAGGAGGAGGAUUGGUGUCAGGGUGGCAUGUGGAGUCUAACAUCCCAUCCAGAUGCAGAACAGUCUAAGCAAAAGCCCCCGUUAGCUGCCACAACCCCAACGCAGUGUGAGUCAAAUCAGAAAGAACAGGGAAGGGACUCUGUAAAGCUGAAGAAGAAGAAAAAGAAAAAGAAGAGUCAGCUGGUGGAAGCUCUGCAGGACACUUCAGCAUGCUCUGCAUCAGAGACCACUUCUGAGAUGGAGGCUGCAGUCGUUCAGAAUGAUACGGAGGAUUUGAUCAUGUUAAAAAGUAAAUUAAAGGUGAAGAAGAAAAAGAAGAAGAAGAGGCUAAAAGAAGAGGUGAGACUGUGGGAGGAGAGCAGGCGAUGCUCAGACGGGCAGAACCAUGAGCCUGAAGAGGUGGAACCCCCUUCCAAAAAGAACACCACAGAGAACGGCAAAAUUAGUAAACAAAGCACAGCCACAGUGGUAUUUUGGGACAGCCAAGUGAAGGACGGCUACAAGCGUAGCCAGGCACCAGCGGCUGAUGGAAGUGAGUUAGGAGACAACCCGAGCCGUGCUGCUCCUGUAGCCUGGGAUGGGAAGAAGACAAGUGGGGUGGUAGAGGAGCUGCUCAGGAACGCCACAGAUAAGGCCUACGGAGCAAACGUCCUCAGUUGGGAUGGAGAGGUCUCUGCUAUUAGUAGAGAUGCUGCUGAAGAUGUCCGUCACGCCAGGUUUGACACUGUGAUCGAUGAGUGGGAUGAAGACUUUGACAGGGGAAAGGUGAAGAAAAUGAAAAACUAUAAAAGAGAGAAGUGGAGAAGUGGCAGCAGCAUCUUCCAGAAGAUCCAGGACAGGCGGAGCAAGUGGUCUGUAACACCUGGAGGGAAAAGAGUUUUUGGAGUCCGUCGCUGAGAGUCCAUAUUGCUGUUGAGGUCAUAGCUGACUGGAAAUCGAGACAACAAUACUGUAUACCAAACUUCUGUACCUUUUUUUUUUUUUUCUUUUUUUUUUUCUCACUUUUAUUUUUAAACCUCUGUCUUAUGUCAUGUUGAGACACAAAGUCCUUAAUUAUGUGUCAAUUUCAAAGCAGCACAGACUACAUGGACAGUCUGACUCACAGCCCUAACUAUCUCAAUUGUAAAUGAACAUGAAAUGUUGGCUUCAGUAUUAAAAACUCUUUUUAAUGUUGCAGUAUUUAACAGAAGCCCCCACACCUCCAUGUCAAAUUAAUAACUAUAUGUUGCCCUCCUUUGAGCUUUGGUUAUUGCCACAAUAAUCUUGAGCUACUAUAAAAUUAAAUACAGUUUACCAUAUUUGAGAUGGGUAGGCUAAGAAUAAGAGUAUAUCUGCAACACUUGUUUUAGAAACUACACUAUCUCAGAGCCUACUUUGGCAUAUAUAAGAGCUCAGUUGGAGUUGUUUUAACAUCUUGAAAUGGUUCUAUACAAAAUUACAAAGAUUCAAAAUUCUUCAUACAUUAGUGUAUAUUAUUUUAGAUUUCUGUAUGAUUUUCCUAUUUUAUACCUUUAUCCGCCGACAUUUUAUUUUACUGCAGUGUCUGUGCCACGUGGCUUGUUUUUAAGGACCAAAUUUUGCCUGCAUAUUGUUGGUAAAAUUAAGCUUUAAAUUGCCACUAUUUUCUUAAUAUGCAUGUUGAAAUUGGUAAAAUUUUACUAAGGUGAAUUUUGUUUUUAGUUGUGCUAUCUUUUGGUUGUGUAAUUUUUGGUCCUUAACAAAAUUAAUUUAGUUUCAGAUUAAAUGGGGAUACAUUUUAGAUCUCAAAAGAAUGCUCUGCUGAAUCAUAUCAACAGUUUAACUGUUUGUGGAAGGGAAGGGUUUACAUUGAUGAACAGUGCAUUGGGCUUUAUAAGUUUCAUCAUAUCAAUAUGUUUACCUGGACAUUGUUGUUUUCUGACUCAUAGUGCAUUUGCAGAGUAGAAGUUGGGCUUGUUGGGAGGAAUAAUUGUUUUCUACUGUGCAGCUAUUUAAAUAUGUAGCUCACCUCAUCAGUCCAGCGUUCAGAGGCUUUCAAUGUGGAGAUUUGACCUUUCACAAACUGUUCUCCACCGAUGUACUGAAAUAAAGGGGUUACAUUUUAUACUUAAGGCACUGUGUUAGAAUGGGACUGCCACAUGCUAAUAAUUUAUUUCCCCCUUGUAUCUUAUAUCUCUAUGCAAUUUUCUGAUGCUCAUGCUAGUCACCUAGAAACUGGGCUAAGACUCAGGAACCCAGACAUCCUGUAUCCCAUCUUCCUUCCUGUUCCUCUCCAUUUUGCAUCCUGUAGAAAUGGUUUUAUACAAAGUAUUUCAGGUGUGGAAACCAUGGGAUCAUCUUGCACCAAUCUGGCACAGAUGCGUAGAGAAACUAACGUUCUAACAAAAUGCUUUGCCAGCGUAGAAGCCUGUACAGUCCAUCUUGUGCUAUCCGUUUCCCACCAACGCUGUAAAGAUUUGCCCAUGCAUUUCUUUUCAUUCUAGAGAUGUUGCCUUGAGUUGGCUAUAAAAAAGUAUAGGAUUUAAUGUUAUAAAUAUAUAAUUUAAAGAAGAAAAGACAUUGAUCUUUAAUGUACUACUCAGAUCAGUUGGUGGAUGUUAACUUGAGAAUUAAUCUGCAAAUGUGCUCAUUUGUGUCUAAGAGUUGUCUGUCUUCAUGCAAGACCUUCCCUAUGUCACUGUAGUGUGUACAGUACAAGAUAGACUACGACGGUCUAAUUUUCAUAGGACGCAUUUGUCGGCUGUGAAAUCAACGUAGGGUGUGACUCUCAAACUGACACCGAGGAACAUUUGCCAAUGUGAAUGGACGGUCCAAUGUUUGCAUUGAUGGCUCUAUAUUUUGCACCACCUUUUCUGACCAGGGGAAGAGACCUUUCAUAAUGAAAAUGGCUCUUACCACACUAUAGUUAUGAAGGUGCAAUAAAGUUGUGACUUUUGUGA